CAUGCAAACUGAAUCAAGAAAUGUAAACCUAGCUUAGAAAGAGUUAUAAUAACUCAGUAAUGAAAAUAAAACAGAAAUGUUUUCUCGUUUAACUAGCUGAGGAAAGCUUGGUUGCAUCAUUUCACAGGAUUAUUUUACUUAAACUACAGGAUUAAAUUAGAAGAACUCAGAUUGAAGUUAUCAGAAGUUGAUGUUUAGAAAACGUGUCUCUUGUUGUGAAACUUGAUGAACUUUAAUUUCUGAAUUAAAUCAAAAACAAGUGAAACUUAAUAAUUCAUAAUGUUUGUGUUCAUUUCCUUGGAGCCGUUUUCAUUCUUUUCAGACUUCAUCGGUCCUGAAGAUGUUUAAAGGUUCACAGAACGACAUUUGUCUUCCCCCAACAGAACCAGAACCUCUGCUUUGGACCCGGCUGACAGAACGUCCACCUGCAGUUCCGCUCUCCGCCUGCAGAGGCCGGUGUUCCUUCAGUUUGUGGUUCUGACCCGCCUGGACCCGAAGCAGGACGCUCUCAACCGUCAUUCCUGUAACUAUGAUGAUUUUCUGCUUCGAUGAAAACGUCUCAGAGUUACAUAAAAACUUUUUAAACCUUUUGAUAAUCAACUGAACUAAAUUCUCUGAUCGAUCAGAAUCAGCUGGAAUGUUUGUGCGGUUGAACUGAAGUCGGAUUUUUCUAAAAUCUGGAGACAUUCGUUGUGAAUCGGCUCUUCAGAAGUAAAAAGUUUGUCUCCGACUGGAUUCAUCAUCGUGAAUGUUUUGGGUUUUAAUCCGUCAGAAUCGGAACAUCUUACAGAUCGUUUGACGAAGCAGGUUCAGUUCCUGAUGACCUUGCAGGAUGCAGGCGUGUCACGCAGCAGCUUUCCAGGUUCUGCUGGUUCCGGUCGCGUAUAGGCGGCGUUAGCGGGACGGCCCCGGCGGCUCCGGGUCGAUCGGGUCGCCCUCCGAUUGGCUGUUCGUGGUCAUCAGAGACUUGAGCAGCAGCUUCUGCUCGGCUCUCCAGCAGGAAGAGGAGCGCUGACAAAUCCCCGCCGCCGCUGGAUGCCGUUUCCUAGGCGACGGUGAAGUACGCUGACAGCAGUUCCUGUAACCCUGAUGAUUUAUCAGAUAAUUCCUCCUCGAGCAUUAAAGCAGGUCAGAGAAGAGAUGCUGAGAUCAUCUGUGCUCCGACCUCAGAGCGACCACAUCCAAGCUGUGACAUCACAGCGGGGGGCGGGGCCACAGCAGUCACCUCAGUUCAGACUCCCACAGGCAGGUGGAGAUAAAAUCAGAUGAACUUUCCUGAUCUCAGUCAAACGGACCAAAGCGCUGCGGCAGCAGAGCAGCCAGCAGAUGUGUAGUACUGAUAAGAAAGUCAGCAUGAAGCAGAAACAAGCUGAGGGGCUGACAGGAAGCGCAACGCAGCACAACGCAGCACAAUACAGCAACAUGUCUGCCAACAGCAACACAAACUGCAGCAACUACUCAGUCUGGACUGAAAAAGUUGCUUCACUUGUAAAGAAAAUGUUCAGCUGCUCCAGUCAACAAUAAACCACCUAUGUCUCUAGAUCUAUGUAGAUCUAUGUAGAUCUAUCAAACCGCUCCACAGACAGUUUAAUCCAGCUGUACCUGCAGGACUUCAAGCUCAGUUUGGCUGAAUUCAAAUUUAUUUUUUCAUUUUACUGAUUAAACCCGACCGCAGCCACACGACCCAAAGGAUGCUGCAGCCGCCAUGCUGCAGCCGCCAUGCUGCAGCCGCCAUGCUGCAGCCGCCAUGCUGCAGCCGCCAUGCUGCAGCCGCCAUGCUGCAGCCGCCAUGCUGCAGCGCUCUGUUGGUGCUGCUAAAGAUGUGCAAACUGUCAGAUUUAUUUCCACAGGUGGGAUUUUGUUUCGGUGAACAGAUGGAAGUUGGUUGCUCUAAAAGCCGGAUCUUGUUUGGCUGCUGCUGAUUUGACACUUUGACCUUUGGAAACAAAACAUAGUCGGGGUUCUAAACUGGAACUCCGACUAUCAGCAGAUUUAUCAGCUUCAGAAACUCACAACUUUUCAGAAAAGAUUUUACUUUGAAAAUCACAAACUGUGUCUUUAAACCAGGCUUGAGGCGAAGAGACGCUCCAAACAUCUGUCCAUGUUUUCUGUCUCCAGGAGUCUCGGUUCAGUCCGGGGAAAAGUCCAGGUCCAAGACCCGGUGUUCUGUCAGAUCGUCAUACCCUUAGCAUGAACUGACGGCUGUAUCUAUCAGACAAGUAUACGCUGUCAUCGCCAUAUGAUUUUAUUUCAUCAGCAACAUAGAAUCAUGACGUAGAUCGUCAGGCACUUUGCUAUCAGCAGUCUGACAUCCUGACUCAGCGGUUAAGUAGGUUAAUGAGUUUUAUACGGGCGUGUUGUAGCUGUUCCCUGCUUUAAAUACACUUUGACACCAAGACAAUGAAUGUAAAUCUAUUUAGUUAUCACUGAAAAAUAAUUUAAUGACUUAUUUUCGUCACAACUUGUUGCGUAUGCUGAACUGACAGCUCCUCUGACAGUCGGACUUCUUACAGCGCAGGCAGGAAUAUUCCCUGCAUCUGAAGAUCUGACAGAACCCCGGUCCAGAUCCAGAACCCUGUGGAACUUCCUGCAGAACCAACAGUCACUUCCUGUCUGACUUCCUGUCUCUCUGUGGAAGAACGGCGCUCCGAUCUCCUUCCUGGUUUUGGUUCGGAUCCUCCUCACCUCUCUGAAGCUCCCACCACAGCUUGAGUCUGGACUUUGACUAGGCCGGUAUGUCUGCUGUGACUCAUCCUGGUCCAGUUAGGAACUGCAGGCCUGUGGCAGUAAGUCAGGCCCACACCAUCACUCUGCCACCACCGUGCCUCACAGCGUCGGCUCCUCCUGAUCUGCUGGUUUCCUCCAUCUUGGUCCAACGUCUCCGCUCUGGUCUCAUCGGCUUUCCAUCCAGAUGUGGCUCUACUGCCCUCAGGCCGGCGGCCAUCUUGUUUCUAGAGAGGAGAGGCUUUCUGUGUGAUGACCUUUAACCUUUAACCUGAUAUCUUGUGCUGAGCAGCAGCAGCUAGCUGGCAUUAACAGCAGGAGAUCCUCCUCAGAUAUUUAGAGCUGAAUAAUAUUUUAAUAUUUUCUGCAGAGAGCCAGCGGUUCUGAUUGGUUCUGAUCAGUUCUGAUCGGUUGUGAUCGGUGCUGCUGGGGUGAAACCAGGACAAAUGAGCGAGACGAUCCUCGGCUUCUGGAGUCUGCAGCGUCAGCAUCAUGCUGAGUUUCACAGCCAGAGAUCAGAGGCUUCAGGAUCUGGGUCAUGGAUCCAGAGGAUCAGAACCGGCAGAGAUCCAAACCUCCAUCAGUGCCGGGGCAGCAGGCUCUGAUGGAUGGUUGGAUGCAUUAUGGUUGGAUGCAUUAUGGUUGGAUGCUGGAGGGUGUGCUCUGCAGUGACUCAGUCUGUAGGAGUUUCUCUGUUUUUGGGUUUUUCUCACAGAUAGAUGCUAAUCAGCAGACAGGAAGUUGAUCAGCUUUAAUCACCUGAACGCGCUCAGAGCUGAUGGACGCUCUGAUAGGUGGAAUCUCCCCGAUCGGUUAUCUGACCCCAGAUCAGAUCUGAUGGUCAUAAAUAAGCUGAUCUGACAGCAGUUGAAUCAGAAGCCGGACCCGACCACAGAGGAGCCGACAUGCUGCUGCUUCGCCGCGCCGCCGACACGCUGCUGGUCCUGUGCAGUGCAUUGUGGGUAAUCUGCAGCCAGCCGGCCUGUGACUCCAUGCUGGUUUUGUCCUCUGACGUUUCUCCGGCUGAAGGAAACGGGAACGUUCACCAGCGCUCGCUGUCGCCGUGGAGCUGGAGGUCCAGCACGGUGAAGAACCGGAUCCCGUCCACCAUCUGGGAGGCCAGCUGCGGCACCGAGUUCUGCUCCGGACCCAAACCGGGUCAGGAGGAAGAACACGACUGGAAUUCCGUCCCGAUCCACCAGAACAUUCUGGUUCUGACCCGGAUGGAGGGCAGCCGGUGCUACAACGCCUCCUACCUCUCGGUGGCAGUGGGCUGCACCUGCGUCCGGGCCAGCACCGAGCAGAACUAGAGACGGGAACCAGAACCGAACCCGGAACCAGAAUCAGAACCGAGCAGAACUAGAGACCGGAACCGGAAAUCUGUGGUUCAGUAGUUCAAUGGAAACGGUUCUGGAUCCAGUUUGAUGUUCUGGUUCGACCCGGUUCCUCUGAUAUUUUCUUCCAUCGAAAGAAAAUAUCGGUUUCUAUGGAAACCGAUAUUUCCAUGGAAACAUUGUUUUUUACGGAAAUAGAAACCGAACCGGCCCGGUUCUGAACCUGGAAUGUUUUGGGUUUAUUUAUUAAACCAGAAAAAUGUUUAUGAUUCGUGUGAAGAACAGCAGAUAUUUCCAUUCCUCACUGAACUCGGGUUCUGUUUGUGGUUCUGAUUCUGAAAUGUUCUGUUUAUUUACAUAUUCAAAUUUAUUCAUUUCAUAAACUGACUAAACUAAAUAUAAAGAUUCUGAAUCUUUAUUUGGGUUCUGAACUGGUCCUGGUUCUGGUCCAGCUGAAGUUCUGUUCGAAUGUGGACUGUUUUUUUUUAAUUCUUUGACUUCAUAUAAAUAAACUGGAUCUGAAGAAAUGUGAAUAAAAUUCAUCCAGUUCUGUUUGUUAGUGUCAGGUUCUGAACCGGUUCUGGUUCUGAACCUUUGGGUUUAUCAGUAAAUUUAAGGCUUUCCUUUUCUCUGAUAUCUUCUGGUUUUGCUGAUUGGCUGUUGACUGAAUUAUUAUAUUUCUUUCCCGCCAGUUCUGCCCCGAUUAAAAUGUAAUUACAGCAGAACUUUAUUAGACAGUAACACAGAACCACCAGCAGGGGGCAGCAAAUCACGCGAGGCUUUAAGCUGCUUCCUUUAAACAGAUUCCAGCAGCUUCGCUGCUUUACUUUAGACUUUAAAGGAAAUGAUUUACAUAUUACUUCUCAUUUUACAAAUUCAUUCAGGUGAACACAUUCAGGUUCACCAGAAUAAAUUAAUUUCAUCUCAUGAAAUGAACAUGAACAGCCUCAAUAAGUGGAAGGUUUCUGCUUUUUGUAACCAGCUCUGAUCAGAAAAACAUUGAAAUUGACUCUCUAGUUCCUGUAAUGUGAUUUAUUAACACUUCUAGCAUAAAUGUGUGUUUCUGGAUCAGAUCCUGCAAGGAAACCUCGCUGUUUCUGA